AGUAGUGGUGUGUUUGUCAACUUUCUACAAACGCAACAGUGUAUGUGAGUGAGUGUAAAAUCAUUACGAUGUUGGGCUCCUGACAAUCGGCUCGAACUAACUUGAUUGUGUCAUAAAUAUUAUAUUGGAUAAACGACGAACAAACAGAAAAUUCGGGAUCGACACCGCUUUGAUCAGGCACGGAGAAGGGCGAGAAAGUACCAUGGAACUAUGCAGAAGUCCGUAGUUCUUAGAGCAGCCUGGUUCCUGCUGGUGUUCAAAUGCUGUGUAUGUGUUGCUGGGGCUAAUACACCGCCCCGAUUCGCUUUAGUGGGCGUCAGUGAAAUUGUGGUCCGAGUAAAGGAAGGGCCGGAAAGUGUUGGAACACUGCUCUAUCAGCUCACUGGUGAAGACCUAGACGGAGACACCCUUAUCUUUGGAGUCCAGGGUCCAGUGGGUCAAGAGAUCCUCAAGGUUGAGAAAACUGGACCUAAGCAGGCAGAUGUUUUUCUAAAUAAAGAGCUGGACAGGGAGAUGCGAGAUUCGUACUCGUUGCUUCUUACACUAACGGAUGGCAGACUCGGUGAAGGACAAUAUAUUACGCAGCCUAUGUUAAUAAUUGUGGAAGACAUCAACGACAACGAACCUAUCUUUAAAAGCUACUCUUCAAGCCUCUCUAUUCGCGAGGAUGCAACUCCAGGAGUCAUAGAAACUGUUGAAGCUACAGACAGAGACCAGGGUCCUUUUGGACAAGUAAUAUAUCAGUUACAGAACACAGACAGUGACGUCACUGACACAUUUGCCAUUCAAACCUCCAACGGUCAAGGUGUUAUCAGUCUUGUUGGAAAGUUGGACUACGAGAGAAAAUCACUGUAUCAGUUGAGAGUUUUAGCCGUCGAUCGAGCUAACUCAGGCAGACGGAACACAGCAACAGCCGCCAUAUUGGUUAAAGUCGAAGACGUUGAAGACCAACCUCCUGUGUUUACAAUUGUUCCUCCAAUCACUCGCAUUCCAGAAGACCUUCCAUUGGGUUCCUCAGUGCUCACUGUAAAAGCUGUGGAUGGAGACAGAGGAAUCAACAAUGAUGUUAAAUACAGGAUCAACAAAGGUGGGAAUGGCCUCUUCCUUAUGGACCGUGAUAGUGGGGUGGUAAUCGUGAAAGAACCGUUGGAUAGAGAAAGCGUCGAUAACAUCGAUAACAGAAACGGGGCAUUUAUCUUGGAGAUCGAGGCGAUUGAGGACGCUCCUUUCGUUUACCCUCCACCAAGCGUAAUAACCGAGGUUACCAUUAUCCUCACUGAUGUAAAUGAUGAAACUCCAACGUUUCGCAGUAAAAGUUAUAUUGCCGAAGUCAACGAAAAUGCACAGGCCAGUGUUCCAGUUAGUUUUAUAGGAAACAGUGUCCCAGAGGUGUUUGAUCACGAUCAGGGAACCAAUGGAACUUUCCAGUUAUUUCUGGAAGAUGAUAAUGAGGUAUUUGAUGUUACACCAUCAGAGGGCGUAAAUGAAGUGUCGUUUUUAAUACGAGUCAAGCGGCCAACAGCUUUAGACUAUGAAAGAGUAAAAGUUAUGAAUUUCAAGGUAAUAGCUAGAGAAACUGUUUUUGUGUCGCCGAAAUCCAGUAGUGCUGACGUCACCAUCUACAUCCGGGACACGAACGACAACUUUCCAGAAUUCUCGAAAGAUCUAUAUCGAGGUUCUAUUCCAGAAAAUGCUCAAAAAGGAACCACUGUUGCUGUCAUCAAGGCGGAAGACCGAGACUCUGGUGAUUUUGGAACUACAGGAAUCAGGUUUACUGAGCUCAGAGGACAAAUAGCUGACAAGUUAAACCUAGACCCUGUCACAGGAGUAAUAACCGUCAAAACGUCAGAGCACGGAUUCGACCGCGAAACUACAUCACAAUAUUACGUCACAGUGGAGGCACGAGAUAAUAAUGGCAAAGGAAACCGCAAUUCGGUGCAGCUGCAGAUACUACUUGAAGAUGUGAACGAUAAUGUUCCUCGUUUCUUGUUGCCGCGCUACGAAGCUCGAAUCAACGAAAACGAGGCUAACUUCCUCAGUCCUCUUGUUGUACAGGCUCGAGACGAUGAUUUGAAUGGAACUAAGAACAGUGAGGUUCGAUAUCAAAUUAUCCGCGGUGAUCAAGAAAACAACUUUUCUAUCGAUUCUGUCAGCGGUGAAAUCAAACCUCGGACUCCUCUGGACUUCGAGAAAAUCGCACAAGGGAAAGGAGAUAUUCGUACUUUCACUCUUACUGUUCAAGCGUAUGAUUUAGGCUUACCUUCUCUACAUAGUGACGUUUCUGUUGUUAUAUACGUUCAGGACAAGAAUGACUUUUCGCCAGUUUUUCAACAUUCUUUUUACACAAAAUCCAUCCCAGAGGACACGACAGAAAACACUCCAGUUGUUCAGGUUUUGGCCUUCGACGGGGAUCAUUCUCCUUCCAAUAGCCGAGUGGUAUAUCGAAUUCAGUCAGGAGCCCAGGACAAGUUUGUGAUUGAUGCCAACUCUGGAGUCAUCUCUGUGGCCCAGGGUGCCAACUUAGAUCCGGACAGAACUAGUCCAAAGACCUCCUCCUACACUCUACAAGUUGUAGCACUAGAUGGUGGGAUUGGAGAAGACCAAAGGCAAGCAGUUGUGCUGGUCAACAUCAGCAUCACUGACGUCAACAACAAGGCGCCUACAUUGACCGUGCCCGAAACGCUUAGGAUUCUGGAAGAUGCACCUCUUGGCUAUCACGUGACCAAAGUCGUGGCGAGUGACCUAGACGAUCGGCCAGUAUUGAGAUACUCUUUUGACUAUUCUCACAGUGAAGCAACGAGCGAAGACGGGGCGUUGGUCACUUCUUCAGAGUAUGAUAUUACGGGAAUAUUUGAUAUUAACAGCGUUGACGGGUCAGUGAAGGUGGUGAAAAAGUUAGACAGGGAAAAAGUGGAGACUAUUAAGUUACUGGUGAGAGUGGAGGACCUAGCAGCGGUGACCCCUGGUCAAACUGCUACAGCAACACUAACUGUGGUUGUUGAAGACAUUAACGACAACAAGCCAGUGUUCACCAAACCGUUCUAUAAGCAAGCCGUUACAGAAAACGCCAAGAUCGGCUCACCUAUUGUGACAGUUGUUGCCACAGAUGCUGACAAGAAUAGAACAAUUAGUUACUCGCUAGAGGGCAGACCGGAAGUUUCGGGCCUAAUUUCUAUAAACAACAAAACAGACGCCGAUUUUCUGUGGGUACAUCCAGAAAAAGGUGAGGUUGUCGUCAACCAAAAGAUUGACAGAGAACAGUUUUCAUGGUUGAACUUAACGGUUCGUGCUACUGACAACGGAGUUCCGCCGCUAUCUGAGACAGCAAGUUUGUUCCUGCAAGUGUUGGACGAUAAUGACAAUAAUCCUAUUUUUGUUGAUGGUCCCUCUCAGUUUAUCAUUCCUGAAGAUGCCGCUGUGGGCCAGCUAGUGGCGUCCGUGCAGGCCACGGAUGCUGAUACUGGAGAAUAUGGUAAAGUGACUUACACCUGGGAUCCUUCAGGUGGCGACGGAAAGUUUAGAAUAGACAGGGAUACAGGACAAAUUAUCGUUGCUGAACCAUUGGACAGGGAGAAAAAAGAGAUUUAUAACUUAAUUGUCCAAGCUUGGGACAAUUACGAAUAUGGAUUUGUUACCGGAGAAAGUAGAAAGGCAUUUCGAAAGAUAUCCAUACGCGUGACGGAUGUCAAUGACGAAACACCACAGUUCAUACCUCAACAAACUAAACGGCUGUUUGAUAUCGAGCCCAUGAAGGACAACACUGCCCGGGUAGUUAGCCGUACAUCUCUUCGAAUGAAGACCGGAAACUUCACCCUGCUACUUAGAGCUCAGGACCAUGGAGAUCCUCCUCGUGCCUCGACAGAGAAAUUUCAAGUUUGUGUUAAGGACGUGAAUGACCAUAGCCCAGUGUUCUUCCGACCCCUGAAGAAUUUUACAGUCCGCGUACCUGAGAAUGCGACAAUUGGAACUACCAUAACAGAAGUUAAGGCUACCGAUGAGGACGAAGGAAUAAAUGGGGAAGUAAGAUACCGAUUGAAAAAACUGCCCAAUGGUCACUGGAAGACAUUUCAGAUCAGCGAGAAAAGUGGUAUUAUGACUCUAAGACAAGAACUGGAUCGUGAGACUCAACGAAUAUACGAGUUACGUGUCGAGGCCUUUGACAUGGGAGAACCAACGUCUCUGUCCACGGAUUUGGAUCUGAAAGUUUAUGUUACAGAUGUGAAUGAUUAUGCCCCAGAAUUCACACAAGACAUUGACCAUGUGACUUUUACCGAAAAUUUGCCAGCAGGUCAGGAAAAAUUCAAACUGACUGCAACAAUUGACAAAGACGAUGACGAUGGUGUUUCUAAACCAAUACCAUGUUAUUUCAUUGUAGGUGGUAAUGAAAAUGGCAACUUCCGGUUGGACAUCUUUACUCAUGAACUGUCCACCACCAAGACUUUAGACAGAGAAGAGCGUUCCAACUAUAGCCUCAUAGUUCAAGCAUCAGAUGACUGUUUCCAUGUGCCACCAACCAUUUCUCAUUUUGACCCUCGAGACAAUUCAUUGUUACAGGUUCAAGUGAAUGUUAAAGAUGUGAAUGACAACCCUCCUUACUUCAUUAGUCCUGUAUUUACUGGGGGAUUAACUACAGAGAUGGACUUUAAUACUGUAAUUUUGAGGGUUAAGGCAGUAGAUGCAGAUAUUGGUAUACAUAGUGUAGUACACUACUACAUAUUGGGGAAAAUCCAGCUGACACUGUCUGAGGGACUAGAAUCCAUCAAAGGUCCUCCAUUUCUCCUCAACCAAAAAACUGGAGAAAUCGUUUUGAACUUUGACCCUCAGAGAGGAAUGAAGGGCUACUUUGACUUUCAGGUGAAGGUGAACGACACUGAUGGAUUAUCUGAUACUGCAAGGGUUUUUAUUUACUUACUGAGAGAGGACCAGAAAGUUCGGUUUGUGCUGCGGUUAACGCCAGAAGAAAUUAGGGAGAGGCUAGAGAGAUUCAGAGAAGUCUUGGCUAACAUAACGGGAGCCAUUGUUAAUGUUGAUGAAUACAAGUUUCACGAAAACCAAGAUGGUUCUGUAGACAAAAAGAAGAGUGACUUGUACCUUCAUUUUGUGAAUAAAGAAGAUAAUACCAUAAUGGAAGUCACUACUGUCUUAUCGCUUAUUGACAAAAACAUUGAAUUUUUGGACGAGCUUUUCAAGGAGUUUAAUGUGUUGUAUAGUGAGCCCUCUCAACAAGCCAUCCUUCUUGAUGGUGUGGAUGACCAGGUGCGGGUAUGGUUGAUAGGAUUAGCUGUCUUCUUGGCUAUAAUGCUGGUGUUAGUAAUCUCCUUGUGUCUAAUCCAGCGUAGUAGAUACGAGAGACAACUCAAAGCAGCAACUGCGACAGCAUUUGGAUCUCAAGAAUCAACUAUCAACCGUAUCAACAUUCCCAACACAAACCAACACUCAGUUGAAGGAUCAAAUCCCAUUUGGGUACACGCAGCAUACGACAAUGAUUGGUACAAGGAUGAUGAGAAUCUUAGUCAUAGAUCCUUGGAUGAUUCACUUGACGAAAACGCCGUUGAAUCACCUCCUGAUACGUCAAGCAGUGGCUCCCCCUUUAGACCCACUCUGGGACGAGGAUUUGGAAAUCCGGGUUUGCGAGGGCACAUUUAUGCACGUCCAACGAAACCAUCUCGCCCUACUCCUCAGAAUAUCACUGUACCAGAACCAUCAGACGCAUCAUCUGGUCAGGCGUCAGAUACAACAGCUGACAGUCAAGAACAGAACAACUUGAACAGGACGCACCGGGAGGACAGAUUCCGGAAACACGUCACUCUUCUUCCUUCCAGCUUGGAAACAUCAGAAUUAUAGGUUAAAAAGACUAAAACUAAAACAAACCAGUAUUUGUGUAGAAACUGGUUUUCUUGAUUAUCAUACGUGUAUAACAACAACAAAUACAAUCACUCGUGCUCACCACUAGAAACGUAGGUAGUGAAUUUGGUGUUAAAGAGAAGCACGUGAGAGGGAGCUUCAAUUUUAAAUGGACCUAGAGCAUGUUUAUUGUAAUAAAUGUACAGCUAAAGGAUCAGGUUUCAGGUGCUCUGCCGUAUUGAGCUGAAGGCGGUAUAUUUUAAAUUAAUGACGUCAUAAGAGUUUCAAUUAUACGUUGUUUGGGUUGACGAAUAUAUAUAUAUAUGGGAUUUAUGCAUUGUACCGUCCCCUAUAUUUCAUGUUUUCAUACAGCAAUCCGUGCAGUCAAGAGUUUCUGAUAAUUUACUAUUUUGUAUGAACUUUUACAAAAGUAAUUUUUGAUAAUUCUACUUUUACUACAUUGAAAGCCGAAUAUUGACUUUAGCUCUCCUUUCGCGAUAAAGAGAUGAAACGUUUCGUCCUUUGCCAUACGCCCAGCGACCUCUAGUGGACGAACUAUUAAAAAAUAUCAUGUACCUGAUCAGUCCUGAAAUUAGUGUACAAUGAAAAUGUAAUACACGACUUUGUCAGCGCAUGAUUAAGCAAGCAUAGCUUUUGCACAAACUUCUAAACUAAGCUGCAACAAUUUAAAUAUUUGGUCAUGUGUUUGAAUAAUCAACAUAUUUAAUCCAAGUUUUCAUGAGAUGUCGAUUGUCAGGACGUCUGUCAUGUCUAGAUUAAUUACAAUUAAAUUUGAAACUUUAUAAUAAUUUCCUCGUGAAAGCUUGCCUUCCUUUACGUGAAGUUUUUAUUCUGGUGCUGAAUGUAUGAUAAAAAAUAUUUCACAAAUUCGUUUGUCGCGCCAGUAGCUUACGUACGUCGUAAACUUCUAUUAAAGUUUUCAAAACACUGCCACGCAUCUAGCGAGAAAAACAAACGUAAAAACUAGAGUUUUUAAGUCCAAAAUUGAUCUCUAAAAAAAUAUAAAUAACCCAUAUCACGUGCACAGUUAUUCAGUAGUAGUAAUUUGUUUUAGUGAAAUAAAAAUUAAACUAAUCUUUAUUAAUUAAAAGAGAUAUCCAUACGUGUCUCCAGGAUAAUACCGUUAAUACAAUUUGUAUACGAAUGCUGGAAAGAAUCUAACAUAAAAAAAAAAUCACGAAAUAAAAUACCUGUAAAAUAUUAAAAGGAAAGGUAACGAAAUUCGUUAGUAUUCUCAAUAUUUUUCGUCACUUUACAGCUCAGUUAUUAAAAGUCGUUAUUCUAAUAUAACGUAUUACGUUAUCCGUACUACGAGGAGUGAAAAAAAACAUUUAUAAAAUACCCGGCAUUAGGAAACGUAGUAUAAUUUUAUUCAAUAGAAAGCUGGAUAAAGCUCGCAACUUCGAUUUUUGUCCCCCCCCCCCCAGAAUAACCCUACGUUUUCCUGUUAUUUUCUUUACGAACACUUUUGUAUACAAAUAUAUUAAGGUUAACUUUAAAAAAAAGUGUUAUUUUUUUAAUUAAAUAAUAAUUAUAAAAAGCUAAGCUUUUGUUUUUAGUAAAUAUUUUGCUAAAAUGACAAUUUGUAUAAAUGAUAGGGUUAGGCCGUUUGAAAUAACACGAAAAAUGAACUGUAAGGAAAUUGACAUGCGCGAAAACGUCACGUUACUCCUGUAAUGAGCAGUAGUAAAAUGACAUUUUCAGCGAUCAUGAACCGACAGUUUUUUUUUUUUUGUACACGUCUUCACUUCAUAAUCGAGCAUCACGUUCAUGAAAAAGUGUCAUCUCACUCAGUCUAUUAUUUAAAGCAUUGCAUGUAUUUUAAUUGUACGGACUUUCGGUUCCUCACGUUAUCGUGUAAUAUUUUCGUGGGUUUAUUGAAAUGAACAUAAUAAAAAGGCUUGCCAAUGUU